UCUGAUCUUCUGUGGAUUUUAGAAGCAGGAAAUCCAGGAGCUGGCAGGAGGGGAAUGAACCGUGAGGGCGUCCCCGGAAAGAGUCCGGAGGAGAUGUAUAUUCAGCAGAAAGUGAGAGUCCUACUGAUGCUGAGGAAGAUGGGAUCAAAUCUGACUGCUAGUGAAGAGGAGUUCUUGCGCACAUAUGCAGGUGUAGUGAAUAGCCAACUUAGCCAGCUUCCUCAACACUCCAUUGAUCAGGGUGCCGAGGAUGUUGUGAUGGCAUUUUCCAGAUCAGAGACAGAAGACAGAAGACAGUAACUACAGGAUACCUGAACAACACAGAACUGGAGAGGGCAGUGAGAUUCCUGAAGAUAGAGGAGGAUGGCUGAGCAUUAAUAAGUUCCUUUGCCCACCCUAAUUGUUCCUUGGUAUACCUUCUCCUUUGUAUUUCUGUUUCCCUUUGUCCAACCCUCAGAAUGCAUCUCACAGCCAUCUAUUCCUGUAAGUUUUUGCCACUCAGCUGGGCUGUGUUAAUUAAGGACAAACCUAAAGGUGUCUUUUUGAUUGGCUGAAAGGGACAGGCUGUGAUUGGCUAAAGAAAGACAAUUUUUCAAACAUGACCAAUGAAAACCUUUUAUCUCGCAUUUUAUUUUAUAUUUCAAAGAAAGUCUCUUGACAUCCUUCUUCUAAAGAAGCUUUUCAUGCUGUGGUGCUUAUUUAGGUCAAACUUGUGAAUUUGAAGAGGGUUUGAUUUGGCUGCGUAGAACUGGAAGCAACUUGUGAUGGGUUGACAAUGCAAACGCUUUCUCUUCAGUUGGCUUGCAGGUAUUUUGCUGACUUCGACAUUUUCAUUGCAGAAAGCUGAUGUUUCGGUGCAUUGGUUCUUUCGUUAUACUUACUGACUUGGGGGGAAAAAGACAAAUGUGCUUUGCAAUAUUUAUUACAUCUACACACAUAUAAAUGCUUGCUUUUUUGGGUUUGUUUUGGGUUUUUUGAUUGGCUUUGAAAUCAUGCUUUUGAUUUCCGAUUGGCUGCAGUGUUUCUGAUGCAAUCAGUUUUUCCAUACUCAUCUGCUCUGUGGCCUCAAGCUCUUUUGGGAGCAUGUGUCGAAAGCAUAUUUAGUUCAAUAAGUCUACCUGGAGCUGUAGAUAUUUUGCAGGAAUUGCAAGAGUGAGAUCUAUGGCUGUGACAUGAAUUUGCCAAAUUUGUAUAGAGAAUAUGUGAACUUCUUUAAAAUACUACAGAUAGUUCCACUUUAACCCUUUAAUUGCUGCACAAGACUAGCUCUUACUUAAGGAAAAAUUAAUGACCGUUAACUUAAAUCCAACUUGCACUGGGCUUUAAUAAACUAAGUUUCUAGUCACUUGAAGAAUUGAUUGUGGUUUGGCUCCUUGCAACUGUUCAGUAAUAUGGAAAUUAUCUAGAUCCUAAGAUAAUACCAUUUUCUUUAGGCACUGUUCCAAGAGGCAGUAGCGCUGCAUUAAGCUGUCUGAUAGUGAGUGUACAGGUGACACUCUCAGGUUUA